GUACAGUGCUUCCAUUAUCUACAGUGACCUUCCCACGAGCUUCCUAUUUUGUCCAUGGAUGAACAGGGGAGGGUCAUAAAUCCUCCUCUAUAAAUAUGAUGAUAUUUGAUAGAGGAGGGGAUCCAAUUUUUCUCUCACUAAAGUUCACUCUUGAGAUAGACUCCCUCAAAUGUCAUGAAGUUGACGAGGCGGAACAGGAGGCAGCCCGCAGAGGGAAGGGUAAGGCUAUAGCCAAACCCAGCAAGACCCAAGAUUCGGCGUUCAAACGCCUAGGGGACAAAGAGGAUGGACCCCGUAAGUCUGCCAAGCUACGUCUUGGUCCUGAGAUGGGCCGGACUAGCACAAUGGAAAGACUUGGCGGGAGUCAUCCUGCCCAAUCUCGUCAUUUUAGGGAAUCUAAGACGAUUCACCUAGAUGAGGAGGAAGCUGAAAGCCAGCCCAAAGCAUCGGCAUAUACCAGGCUCUCAUACGAUGAGGAUGACCUGGACAAGAUAGGGAGCAUAGCGAGAAAGCUACGUGCCCUGGAGGAAAAGGUAGAAGAGAAGGCGGGAGCGAAGAAGCACACCCUGUCCAAAUCACCUUUUUCAGCCAGGGUACAUGCACAAAACGUGAGGCGGAAGGUCAAGCUGGACGUGGAGAAAUUCACUGGAAAGGAGGAUCCAAAUGUCCACCUUGACACCUUCCAUAAUGCAGCGCAAAUGGCCGGGUGUACUGAUGCUGAAGAAUGCCUACUCUUCUUCUCAUCCUUGAGAGGGAGGCCAGUGGAAUGGUUUAACAACCUUCCACAUGGUAAGAUCGGGUCCUUUGAAAAACUUGCUGAGAUUUUUUGCAAGAAGUACAAGGACAACUGCAUCAAAAGGAAGAAGUUCACCUACCUUAACACGGUAGGGCAGAGGGAGAAGGAGUCCUUGACUCAGUUCUUAACUCGCUAGAGGGACGAGGUCGACAAAGUAGAAGAGAUAGACGACAGGACAGCCAUGUCUUUGCUGAUGAAUGCCUUUCGGUCGGGUGACCUCUACACUGAAUUUUGUAGAAGGCCACCCUCCUCUUAUCAAGAAGCUUACAAUACAGCAUGGGAGUACGC